AGUUUGUUGCUUCUUUGUCGGAAGUUAUAUGUUUUAUUAAUUUUUAACUAGUUUUGUUAUUUUCAAACAUGAAAUAAAGUGAAUUAUCUUGUUAUUUUACAAUAAUCUACACCCAAUAUUCAUUUCAUUGUUUUUUAAGCAUAAAUAAUACAGUCGGACGCGGUAAUAGACAGUGAAAAUGCCGAGAAAACUACUCAAGUUCCUUAUCGUGUUUGACAACACUUCCUUACUCUACUUUCCUGGUCAGUUUUUAUCAGGAAAAGUGUUGAUGGAGCUACAAGACGACACACCUGUGUUAGGUCUCCAUUUCCAUGUGAUUGGUGAGGGCGUUGUGAGGGUGGGGUCAGGUCGCCAUGAACGACUUUAUGAUAAAGAAAAUUAUAUUGACUUCAGGAUGCGUCUGUUGGGAGAGCCUGGUCAUGGCACAUCCAUCCUCUCUCCAGGCAUUCACAGCUUCCCGUUCAAGCUUGGUUUACCAAUGGGCCUACCGUCCACAUUCCUAGGCACCCACGGCUGGGUGCAGUACUACUGCAAGGCCGCAUUGAGGGAACCCAACGGCCUGACGCACAAGAAUCAACAAGUGUUUAUAGUGAUGAAUCCAAUUGAUCUGAAUAUGGAGCCCCCUGUACUGUCUCAAGAGUUCGAGUGCAGCGUGGAGCACCGGCUGGGCGUGGGCUGCGUGGGCGGCGGCGCCGUGUCGUGCCGCGUGUCGCUGGACCGCGGCGCCUACGUGCCCGGCGAGACCGUGCUGCUCACCGCGCACCUCGUCAACAACUCCAAGACCACCAUCAGGUCCACAAGGGCAUCUCUGACCGAGACCAUCCAAUACUCGGCCCACGGCAAAAUAGCCGCGAAGGAGGUGCGGUCGCUGGCGGAGCUCCGCCACGGGAAGACGCGGCCCGGGGACAGCGACACGUGGCGGCGGGAGCUGCUGUACGUGCCGCCGCUGCCGCCCACCAACCUGCGCGGCUGCCACCUCAUAUCCGUGCAGUACGACGUGUUUUUCAUAAUCGAGCCGAAGAGUCUCGAGAAGGAAGUGAAGCUACAACUGCCUAUCCUGCUGGGGACGUACCCGUUCAGAGACAACGACGACUCGCCGCAUCCCCCCACUAUUUAUCCCAGUACAUUGCCAAUUUUCAGACCUUGGCUGCAUGAGAAACCGGCCAAUUGAUGAAGAUAUGUUAAGGUAGAGAUUUGAUCUGAAAUGUAUAACUAUUUAAUUCGUUCGGAUACUUAAGAAUCUCUAUAUUUCUCUACCAUUUACCCGAGUAUACUGCCAUCUUCAGAUUUUGGUUACAUGAGAAAACGGCCAAUUGCUGAAGAAAUUUUAUGGUAGUGAUGCGAUCUGAAAUGUAACACUAAUUUAAUACGUUCAGAUACUAAGAAAUCUCCGUACUUUACUACCAUUUACCUGAGUAUAUUACCAUAUCUUCAAAUCUUGGGUACAUGAGAAACCAGCCAACUGAUGAAGAGUUAUUAAAGCAGGCCAUGUAACACAUAACUUUAUUAGUUUGGGAGACUAAAGAAUCUCUACUAUUUUCCUUCCAUUUACCCCAGUAAGCGGCCCAUUUUAAAGACCUUGGUUGGUUAGAUGAGAAACCGGCCAAUAGGUGAAGAGUUAAUUGUACAUCUGAGUGUAUUUUAUUCAUACAGAUAAUUAUUAAUCUCUGUAUUUCUCUAUUAUGUACCCAAGUAAACUGCCAUCUUCAGACUUUGACUGCACGAGAAAGAGGCCAGUUGAUGAAGAUCUACAUACAUACAUAACAUAUAAUCACGUCUAAUUAAUAAGUUAUUAAUUAUGAAGAGCUAAUUAGGUAACAUCUCGGAAUUCAAUCAAAAGCUUAAUACUUUAAUGUACUCAUUAAAGUAUUAAGCUUUUCCCUGGACACGAUCAAUCAUGGUUGAGGAAAUAGGAGCAUUGAUCUACCACAAGCUUACAUGCUUGUCUGAAAUUGAUUAAGAAAAACUUGUUAAAGAUAGGCACCACAAGACCCCACCAUCUCAUCAUCAUCCCACUGGAUUUGGUAGAUUGUCCUCACAAAAUAAACAAAUCCAUUGCAACAUCAUAUUGUUAAUGUAUUCUAAUGAAAUGAAAGUCUAACUUGUGAAAUUCUAGGAUUAAGUAACUCUACAUCUUCCAGAGUUGAUAUUAAUCGUUGGAAUAAUUUUGUAUUUAAACAAUAUUAUGUGCCGAAACUCUAUAUAAUAACUCUUGUAUAGUAGAAAUGGUAUAAUAGAUGUAAUUUUAAUAUAAAAGUAUUUAGUUCUAAGCACUACUUUUUCAUAUUUUUAUAGAUAUCUACUAAGUGAUAUCUAAUAGGUCUUUAACAAGAAACUCACCCAGUUUUAAAAAUUUACUAUAAAAUGUCAGUUUCGCAAGACGUCAUGGAAAAAUAGUAUUUGCAUAAUAUUUUAUGCAUUUUUAUGCCAUUAUUAUAAAUGAUAGUGGUUAGUAUGGAUUCGUGGAAUUGUUAUUUUCAAGGAAGAAUAGUAUAUUAAAGUUUGUUAUGGAAAACGAGGAAGGAAUUGGAGAAGAAAUAAAUUAAACAAAAUAUGACCUUUUGCGAAUCAGACAUUCUGUGAUGACAUAUAUAGUAAUUUUUUUUAUAUUAUCUUAUUUAUAUUUUUCUAUGCUUUAUGAUGGUGUUUAAAAAUUCGUAUAUUUAUGAAAUAGCUUUGAGGCUAUUAUUAAAAAUUGUGUUCAAUGAUAUAACACAUAUCAAUGAGACAUAUCUAAUUUUAUCAAAAAUGAUAUAGCUUAUAUCUUUUUCUAAUAUAUUUAGUGCCAUUUUGUAUUUACUUGAACAUUGUUCAUAAAAUUUCCUAAAUGUAUAUUGAUAAAUCUUUGCAAUAACUUAUAAUAUGGAGUAGGUAAAACCUACUACAGAUCCGAAUUGACUUAUUUUUUGUAUUAAUAAUGAUGAAUAUGAGACUAACCUGUGAUAUAUCAGUCCGUCCAACUGUACAUCGUCUAUACAAUGUUUACACAAUAAAGACUAUAU